AUGGCCGAGACAGAUGCCCCCGGCUCAAGUACUACUGCUCUCGCUGUCGGACGGAGGGUCACGCUAAUGCAGAAUGCGGAAUCCCACGACAGGACGGGGCCAGAGUUCCUAGCGGCCGCAGGCACCGGGCAGGCAGUUAUGGAAGUGGACGCCGGGGAAAUAACGACUGCCAUACCUGUGGAAAACCCGGACACUUCAGUUUCGCAUGACCCCUUAACAAAGGAAAGCCGCCUGAGUCGACACCAAGCCGCCGGGAGUGGCGUGGCGUCGAAACCGCCCUGGGACCAGGAAACCCAUGGUUACGCCCACAACAACAACCAAGACUAUGAUGCCGCCAUUACGCGGGACUUUGGCAGCUCCAAGAGCCCGUGA